AUUAAAUUUAAUCUGUAAAAUUACCUACUCUAAAAUAAGUUAGUUUAAUUUUAUCUAUUCUUUUGAAGUGAUCGUUUUAUUUUGAGUUGAAAAUGAAUCUAUUGAGGAUAAAUGAGAUGAUGUUAUUGCUCUUGUUCAAUUGUAUUCUUAUUCAACAUCAAUCAACAAAGGCGGAUACUAAUACGAUUCAAUGGAACACUGAUAGUAAAGCUCUUAAUAAAAUAACAUAUAAUUGGACCAUACCUAAUUUUAUGGAUCUACAAUAUGAUCGUCUACAAAUAUGCACGGAAAUUCCUACUAAGAAAACACAAACAAGUAAAUGGAGAGUAUAUUUACAUCUUCAGGGUAUAGAAUAUAAAGAUCAUAAUUACAUGGGUUUGCGUCUCCAAUUGGUCAAUUUUGACGGUGUGCAUAAAAAAACUAUUGUGAAAUUCAAAGCUUCAGUUUUCGAUCGCGACGACCGCCAUAAAGAGUAUUCAAAGGAAGAAGUGAAAGAACUCAAUGCUGACAUAAACGAAAUUUGUUGGGAAGAAUUUUGCAACGACGACAGAAAGUUUAUUCAGUAUAAGUUACUGGAAGAUGGCGCAUUAACUAUUUACAUUCAAAUAUCAUAUUAUUACAUCGAAUGCAGUAAACAUACCUCUUCUCUUGGGCUGGACAUGGAUUCAUUACUUAAAAAUCCCAAACAUGCGGACGUCGAGUUGACACUGCAAUCAAAUGGGAAAAAAUAUUACGUUCAUAGAGCUAUUUUGGCAGCUCGUAGUGGCCAUUUUGCGCGCUUGUUUGAAGACUUCGAUAAAAAACACGAACAAGUCACUUUGAAUAUUACAAACACGGAUGAAGAAAUAAUGGAUGAAAUUCUACGGUACAUUUACACGGAAAAAUGCGAAAUUUCAAACAAAAUUGCAGAAAGGUUAUUCGUGGCAGCUGAUGAAUACGAAUUGGAAGGUUUGGAGACACUUUGCUCGCAGUUCAUGUGCGAUGGGUUGUCGGUUGGAAAUGCUGCAAGAAUGCUCGUUCUAGCGGAUAAAUAUCGCGUGGAUGAAUUCAAAUCCAACGUGAUUAGUUUUAUUGUUGAGAACUCUUUCCAAGUAUUGCAAACUAUCGACUGGAAAAAUUUGGUCGAACCCAAUUCUCUGCUGCUCAAAGAAAUGUGUGAAAUCUUCACCCCUCGACUCAGCAUAAAAAAUGAUAGACCGUAAUACUCUGUGACAAAAUUUCAGCAUGGCAUCAUUUUUAUGUUACCUACCCUCAUAGAAAAUCACUACUAGCGACUUCAAAAAAUUACUAGCGUUUCUGAAAAAGUUACUAGUGAUACCGAAAACGUUACUAACGCCUGUACUGACACUACUAGCGACCAAUUCGACACUACUAGCGACCAGCUCAACACUACUAGCGACCAGCUCGACGCUACUAGCGAUCAGCUCGACACUACUAGCGACCAGCUUGACGCUACCUAGCGACUGACUCGGCGCUACUAGCGAUCAGCUUGGCGCUACUAGCGACUGUCUCAACAUUACUAGUGAAUGAUUUAACGCUACUAAUGACCAAGCCGACACUAGUAACGAUUAAACUGACGCUACUAACAGCUAUGGCAGGUACCUACAAUUAGUGAAAAAUGAAAAUUAAAGAAUUCCCAAAAACCAUGUUUUUUUGCAAAAUUGACUUCUCACAUCACAAAUAAUGCGAUUUUUUUACUUGAAUUUUUUUUAAGAAGGGUCCUCUGCUGCAUUUCAGUCAAACUACCAGAAAUUCUCAAUCUAAAACUCCCUUUUUUUCACCAAAUAUCUGGAAACAAUCAUUUAACAUUUCAAUUUUUUGCAUAUAGAAAUAAUUAUAUCCUGAAAAAAUGAAGAAUUGUCAAUUGUCAAGAGCUUUUGUCAUGGCUUGCUCAGUUGCUCGGGCCCCAUUUAUAUUUUUAAAAUUCGGAAAAGGAGGGGAGGGGAGAGGAACGGAAAAAAGUCCAUGAUUUUUGCAAAUAAAGUCUAAAUUCCAGUCGAAAAAUGAAAAAAAAAUCUAGGUACCAGCCCCCUCGGAGGGGGAGAGGAGGGGAGAGGAACGGAAAAAAGUCCAUUUUUGCGAAUAAAGCCUAAAUUCCAGUCAAAAAAUGAAAAAAAAAAUUUCGAGGUACCAGCCCCCUCGGGGGGGACGAGGGUAAGGGGACGAGGAAGGGUCCAUUUUCGCAAAGAAAUAUCGAAUACGAGUGUAUGAUAUCCAUUUAAUUUUUAUCUAGAAAUAUCAACACGACACCAAAAACUCAGUUUUAAUUUUGUAAAAAAUCAUCAAACUUGAAAUUUUUUAAAGUCCAGAGUGCUAAAAAGUGCAUAUAAAUGUUUCAAACACCUCAUCUUCUAACUUCCCCAGUGGCCUAGUUGGUUAGGCAGGUGACUAGAGAGUUAGAGAUUGCAGGUUCGAACCCCACCCCAGGCAUGGAUUUCUUUUUGAUUUUCAAAAUUUUUUUGGGGAGAAUUCGUUGUUCUAGGAGGGUCUACGAGUAAAUAGCUGCCAUUAACAUGAUUUUGCCAUGAUUUUCAGUGCAAAAUGCGCAAAUUUGCGCGUGUCACUACUAUUGACAAACGUUACUAGUCAUUAGUAACGUCUGUCAGUAGUAGUGACACUACUUGCCGAAAAAGUUACUAGUGUUUUUUUUUAGUAAUGACGCUAGUAGUGAUUUUCUAUGAGGGUAGGUAAUAAUUUCUUUAGAUGUGGUUUUGUCUUUCAAUUUUAGCCAAUUAGGUAUAUAUCUACUUACUAAACUUCACAAACCUUAUUAAGUAUGGAAAAAUAGGCCCAGUCGUUCAGCUUUUUACGUUGAUUCGUUGAUGCUUUUGUAAGGUGAUAAAUUCAUCACCUUUUUCCAAAAAUUAUCGUUGAAGAAAAUUUCAAAUUGGAAUUGGUAAACAUAGGUAGGUAGGUAUACCCAGAUUAUUAAGAUCUGUUCCCAAAUCAAUGGAAAGAGUCACAACUCACAAUGACGAUAAAUUUAAGCUAAUUAGUGUAAAUGCUGAAUUUGAUUUUUUGACAAUUUUUUUUUGAACCCAGAAAACCCAGAAAUCUGCUGGAGGCUCCCGAACUACUUGAAACUCCGACCAAUUGAUUUGAGUAGUAAUACAUAGUUGAUUAUGGGGCAUAAAUUAAACAGCUUCAUGGCGUACCCAAGGAAGGCGAAGGAGCUGAGCCAUCACUCCCUAACUUGAGAACAAAAAUUUAAAACAAAACAUGCAAAAAUUGACGUUUUUCGUUUUUUGAACCCAUUUUUCCAAAAAAAUUUCGCUCUUGCCAAUCGCUUAACUCAAGCAGUAAUUUUACCAUCAUUUUCAUAUACCUAAUAAUGGCACGUCCGAAAGGUUUUCGGAAAAUCAUCUCUAAUCUCCGUUUUUUCAUUCCUAAAACUCUGGUUUCCCCCUCCUUUCCUGAGAAAAUCCCACCACCAACCUUUCCACUUGAAUUUUCAAAAAUUUGUCCGAAAUUAAAAAGUCCAAUUGAACGCCUAAAAUUUCGCAUGAGUUGGGUAACUUACCUCCUGAAUUUUUAUCAUCAAUGCCGAUGAGUUUCGAGAUAUGAACAUAUUCAAUAACUUUAUGAUAUUUUAAUCAAUCUGACAAAGUCAUGUGUAUAUCAUACUUGAUAUGAAUAAGAAAGCUUCCACAAACAAAUCUGAAAUUAAAUUUGAAUGUAAGUUACAUAUUAAAUCUGAAUAAUCAGACUAAAAUAAGUUGAUUUGAUUUUAUCUAUUUUUUUGAAGUGAUUUGGUCAAGACCAUCCGUUUUAUUUUGAGUUGAAAAUGAAUCUUUUGAGGACAAAAUAGCGUUAUGUUAUUACUCUUGUUCAGUUGUAUUCUAAUUGAAGUAAGUGUACACUGAGCAUAUUUAAAAUUCGAAUCGAAUAUAGUUUUAUUCCGAUGCC